CGCCUUUAGGCUGGAGACUCACCUGAGCCUGAGACCCACUGCAUGCACAGGAGGAAGGACGUAAGGGAGGAUGAGCAGGAGAGGGGAGCAGGGGGAGGACAACGCAGAACUAAUCGCCAUGGAAACCCAGGCAGAGAAGGACUACGGCAGCAUCGCCACGGAUGCACCUGUUCGUCGUCCUAACAGGAACGUCUUCAGUGACGGGUUGAGUCGAGUUGAUUUUGUGUUGGUGUGGGAGGAGCCUCUGAGCUCACAGAGAGAAGGCAGCAAAGGUGUUAGCCCCACCCACAAAGAGUGGAGGAAGGUGUUUCUGAACAAACUGAGAGACUCCGGACUGCUGCAGGAGCAGAAGGAGGUCCUUCAGGCGAAGACAAAGAUCACUUUUGUCCUCCUCAGUGCUCCAUGGAGUGUCCUCUGUUACUACGCUGAAGAGAUCAGCCUUAGAGUUCCACUGCAGGUGGUCACAUCUCCGAUCACUAACUGGUCUGCACAGGUCCUCUCCCGACUGUCCCUCCCCAACCUUCUGUCUCAGGACGUCCCCAACCCGCCACCUGACUUCUACACCUGUCAGUUCAGGAAUAACAAGCUCCAGAGGUUUCUGGGCAGCAACAACAAAGACACCUUCUUCAAGACUUCUCAAAGACACCAGGUGCUGUAUGAGAUCCUGGCCAGGACGGCGUACGGGUCGGUGAAGCGAGGGGAGGUGGGGAUCGAUCGACUGGUAACGGAGCAGGUCUUCACCGCAGCCUAUCCCCUGCACGAGGGAGGCUUCCGGUUGCCGACGCCCCCCGUCUCUCCCCGGUCGCUGGUUCUGAGGGAGAUCCUGUACUCCUACUGGGCCACGUGGUCCUCCUGGAGACACUACCAGCCUCUGGACCACAUCAGGGAGUACUUUGGGGAGAAGAUCGCGCUCUACUUCGCCUGGCUGGGUUUCUACACCGGCUGGCUGCUGCCGGCGGCGCUGGUCGGCACCGUGGUCUUCUUGUUCGGGUUCUGGCUCAUGGCCAAUGACGUUCCGGCGAAGGAGUUGUGUGACAGUGGAAACAGCUUCACCAUGUGUCCUCUCUGUAACAUCUGCUCCCACUGGAACUACUCCAGCAUCUGUGCCACCUUCAAGGCUGGCAUCAUGUUUGAUAACGGGGGGACGGUGUUCUUCAGCGUCUUCAUGUCUCUGUGGUCUGUCACUUUCCUGGAGUACUGGAAGAGGACCUGCUCGGUCCUGUCUCACCGCUGGGACUGCUCAGAGUUUCAGGACAUCGAGGAGAGACCUCGUCCAGAGUUCACUGCCAUGGCCCCGAUGACCAUGAGGAACUCUGUUACCGGAGCAGAGGAACCUUACUUCCCUCAAACAAAGCGACUCAACAGAACAAUGACUGGCUGCAUGGUCAUCAUCCUCAUGGUCAUCGUGGUGCUGAUGUUCCUCAUGGCCAUCAUCCUGUAUCGCACCAUAGUCACUGUCAUCAUCUACAAGUCCGGCAGCUUCUUAACCGGCUUUGCUGGGAGGGUAGCCAGUAUCUCAGGAUCCGUGUUGAACCUGUUGGUUAUCCUCAUGUUGUCCAAGGUUUACACUUCACUGGCUCGCCUACUCACCCGAUGGGAGAUGCAUCGGACUCAGUCAAAAUACGAAGACAUGUUCAUCCUCAAAGUUUUCGUCUUCCAGUUUGUGAAUUUCUACUCGUCUCCGGUCUACAUCGCCUUCUUCAAAGGCAGGUUCAUCGGUUACCCAGGAAACUACAAAACUCUGUUUGGAGUUCGCAACGAAGACUGUGGAGCCGGAGGAUGCCUCAUUGAACUGGCCCAGGAGCUGCUGGUCAUCAUGGUGGGAAAACAGCUGAUCAACAACGCCCAGGAGUUCAUCUGGCCGAAGUUGAGGUGCUGGUGGCAGAAGAGGCAAUCUAGUCAUCGGCCGAAGCUAGUGAGGGACAAGGAAGGAGAUGAGGAGAGAACAGAGGUGCAGGAGGAGGAAGUUUUUCCCUGGGAGACGGACUAUCAGCUGCUGGUCUGUGAAGGCCUCUUCAGUGAAUACCUGGAGAUGGUGAUCCAGUUUGGGUUCAUCACCAUCUUCGUGGCGGCCUGUCCUCUGGCUCCUCUCUUCGCGCUCGUCAACAACUGGGUGGAGAUCCGCCUGGACGCUCAGAAGUUUGUGACGGAGUAUCGGCGGCCAGUGGGCGAGCGGGCUCAGGACAUCGGCAUCUGGUUCCCCAUCCUGCAGGUUAUCGCCCACGUGGCCGUGCUCAGCAAUGCGUUCCUCAUUGCAUUUACAUCGUCCUUCCUGCCGCGUCUAUACUACAUCUACACCAGAGACCGCACACUGACUGGGUUCAUCAACUUCACCCUGGCAACGUCACCACGCAACUACAGCCAGCAACACACACCCUGCAGGUAUCAGGGUUUAAGGGAUGCAGAUGGCGAUUACCUCCCCGAGUACUUCCAUCUUCUCGCCAUCCGACUGACGUUUGUCAUCGUGUUCGAGCAUGUGGUCUUCUCCAUUGGCCGUUUGAUCGACCUAAUGGUGCCCGACGUUCCUGAGGAGGUGGAGCUGAAGAUGAAGAGGGAGCACUACAUGGCCAAACAGGCGCUGGCUGAGAACCAGUCGUUGGGGAAAACCAUGAUUCCCGGUGAGAAAGACGUCGUGUCCGGCGGUCCUGUAUCCAGACCGUCACAGAGAGACUCUCCUUCACCAGGCCUGACGGGCAUUCCGGAGCAAACAAGCUCACCAGGCAGCUGCUGAAACACGCCCACAUCAUCUGACCCAGCCCUGAUAUCUGGAAGAAGUACCAGACCUGUGUCAUCUUACAGGUUGUGUCCAACCUGAAAGAUCAGCUAAAUGACAUGUAAUGUAAUUCAAGACAUCUGUAGACCUCUAUUAGAUCUACAAGAUUUCUGAUGAACCUGUAAAUCAUCUAUGAGAUCUAAUGGAGACCUUCAUGACCGAAAGAAAUCCUUAGACGACAACAUCUGAUCAAGAUGAGCGUAACUCAAGGGACAAACGUAGCUUUGUGUACAUUUUUCCGUUGGCUAUCUAAUGCAGAUUUGCUCAAAAUGAACCGCGACCCUUUUCCUUAGGAAGAGAGAGAAAAUUCUGCUACUAAAAAACUUCACAGGCACUUUAAAGUGUGCAGGCUUUAUUAUUUAUUAUUUUUACGGUCUUAAACUUCAGACUCUUUCCAUACAAAAUAUUUUUAUUGUAAAAACAUAUGUAGAUUCAAUAGUUCAAACGGGAUGGAAACAAUUUAUUUGUCUCUCGCCAUCGUCUGUAGUAUAUAAUACAUAUUUUAUCAGAAAUAAUAAUGGUCCAAAGAACCCUUUCCUCUCUCUGAGCCUAGCAGACUUUGAUCUGUAAAAGGACACAAUGAUGCUGCAUGUUGACCUGCAGUCAGACUGUCAAGCAUCAAGUCUUCAGAGCUCAAAUCACACCAAGACAGAUCCAACAGGUAGUCUUCACAAGCUGGCUGAAUGUUUUUGUGAACCUGUUAGUUUGUAACGGAAGGUCUCGUAUAGACAUCAUGUUGAGAAACCAUCACUGAGCAACUGGUUCAUUUUACAUCAUCAGUUAAAAGAUCUGUAAUCCUAUUUUUUCUCCUCAUUAACAUGGCUUCCAGGGUUUUCUAUUUUUAUACUGUAGUAAUCGUGAAUAAUAUUGUAAGUAACAGCAUUAAUUGAAACUUUUUGUUUUAUGUGUUUUAUAUUUGUGGCUUUAUUUAUCUACACUUAUUCAUCAUUGACUCUGUUUACCAACAUUAUAUUUUUCAAUUUUUUUUCUUUCUAUUAUAUUCUAGCCUUUGGUUGUUACUGAUUGACUACAAAUCAACAUUUAAGGUGCAUGACACCACUUAGUGGAGUGCACCGGCAGGACUUUAAAAAAUCAGUUUUAUUUGAAUAAAACUAAUAAUAGUUUGUCUUCUGUCACUUUGAUAUUGUUUCCUUUCUUGUCUAUUCUAAUCUGAGCUUCUGUUCUCUCGUUCAUCUAACUUAGUCUUCUAUGUCCAUUAAAAAGACAUCAUUAAGCUUUUAUAUUUCUAC